AUGAGCGGCGUCGUGGCCGAGGGCCUUUGCCGCGCGGGCUGGGUGCCACAUCCGCUUUUUUUGUUCAGAUAUUUGCAGGAUGCUUUUAAGGUGCCACUGGUAAUACAGCUCACUGAUGAUGAGAAGUUCCUGUGGAAGAAUUUGACUGUUAACGAAAGCAAAAGGCUUGCACGUGAAAAUGCAAAAGACAUCAUAGCAUGUGGUUUUGAUGUUGAAAAGACUUUCGUUUUCUCUGAUUUUAAUUUUGUUGGAGGUGCCUUUUAUGAAAACAUGGUUAAAGUUGCUAGAUGUGUGACAUAUAAUAAGGUUGUAGGAAUAUUUGGAUUCAGUCAAGAGGAUCACAUAGGAAAGAUUAGCUUUCCUCCUGUGCAAGCAGUUCCGUCAUUCCCUUCUUCAUUUCCCCAUCUCUUCUCUGGCAUGGAACAACUACGUUGCCUGAUCCCAUGUGCAGUAGACCAAGAUCCUUAUUUCAGGAUGACCCGUGACGUUGCCCCUAGAAUUGGUUGUCAAAAGCCAUCACUGACUGAAUCCAGAUUUUUCCCUGCUCUUCAGGGGGAGAGCACGAAAAUGUCAGCUAGUGAUCCAAAUUCUGCGAUAUAUGUGAGAGAUAAUGAAGAAGAAAUAUUGAAGAAGGUGAACAAAUAUGCUUUCUCAGGUGGCCAAGACUCAGCGGAACUCCAAAGAGAGCUUGGAGCUAACCUUGAGGUGGAUGUCCCGAUUAAGUACCUGAACUUCUUCCUUGAAGACGACGAUGAUCUUGAGCAGAUAAAGAAGGGUUACGGGGAUGGAAGCCUGCUAACUGGUAAAGUGAAGAAUCUUCUUGGUGACGUUCUAUCUGAGCUGGUUAAAAGACAUGAGAGAGCUAGAGCUCAAGUGACCGAGGAGAUGGUUGACGCCUUCAUGGCUGCGAGACCUCUUCCCAAUAUGUUUGGCUGA